AUGGAUUCCCACAACCAAACACAGGAGACAGAAUUUAUCUUCCUGGCAUUCUCCAUAUUCCAGAGGCACCACGUCCAUUUUUUCCUGGUGUUUCUGGCUGCCUAUUUGGUCACUCUGUUGGGCAACUUCAUGAUCAUAAUUCUGGUUCUCCUGGAUUCCCGUCUCCACACCCCCAUGUACUUCUUCCUCAGCCAGCUCUCCUGCUUGGAUCUUUGCCUUUCUUCUGUGGUGGUACCAAAGAUCUUGGUGAACCUCCUAUGCCAGCAGUACACCAUCUCCUACAACCAGUGCCUGGCACAAGCCUUCUUCCUGAUUGGCUUUGCGGGAUGUGAGCCGGCAUUGCUGGCCAUCAUGGCCUAUGACCGCUACGCUGCCAUCUGCCAACCUUUGCACUAUGCCCACCUGAUGAGGGGCAAGUUAUGUGUCCAGCUGUCUGUGGCCAUCUGGCUCUGGGGCUUCCUGGACUCAACCAUCCAUGUUGCUCUGGCCUCCAGGUUGGAGUUUUGUGGAAACAACAACGUUCCUCAUAUCUUUUGUGAUGUUCCCCCUUUACUAAAAAUUGCCUGCAGUGAUACCUGGGUCAACGAAUUGACCAAUCACAUCACUAGCAUCUUUGUGGGCCUUGUCCCUGUUCUCUUCAUCAUCCUGUCCUACUUCUACAUUUUAGGCUGCAUUCUGCGGAUUCGUUCUAACACCGGUAGACACAAAGCCUUCUCCACCUGUGCCUCACACCUUGCCGUUGUGAUUGUCUGCCUUGGAAAUGCCUUUGUGAACUACAACCAGCCCAGUGCUGGCUACUCUCUAGAGAUGGACACCUUGAUCUCCACCAUGUUUUGUAUCAUCAACCCCCUGCUGAACCCCUUGAUCUACAGCCUCCGCAACAAGGAGGUGAAGGGAGCCCUGAGGAAGGUUCUUGGUAGCCAGAAGGUAGACUAGCCCUCAUCUAGGGCUGAGUGUUUUGUUGAAUUUCGUGCAUUUCUGCUCCCUAAGAAAAAUGAAAUUUGUGUAAAAGAACUGGAGUAGAAGGACGUUCUUAAGAUUCCUGCAGAGCCACUCUCAGGAGAAAACAAGCGGAGAUUGUUGUUAUGAGUAGGUGGGACAUUGAACCUGAAUGAAAACUCAUUCAAAACCUAGCAAUAGGUUAGGACUCCAAUCUAAGAGAGGACGGAUUUUACAGAAUAC